AGACCUUCAUACCCAGAGCUUCCAAAAAAAAAAAAAAAAAACCAAGUUGAACAAAACUCAUUGCCAUCUCUAUAACCGUUCGAUGUCUCCGGUACCCAUUACUCCGAUCAAGGUCGGUCACAUAGACGAUGUUCAAGAACUCAGAAGGUCCAAGCCUAUGAAAAUCCCCACGAGAUUCGUCCGGGAUAUGGACGAGAGGCCGACUCUAGAGACUGCCGCUCUGCCUCUGCCUUGUGAAGUUCCGGUCAUUGAUUUGUCUAAGCUCAUGCGUGGAACAAAAGAUGUUAACAACGCUGAAAUAUCACAGCUCGCAGCUGCCUGCCAGGAGUGGGGAUUCUUUCAGGUGGUGAAUCACAGUAUUGAUUUGGGUUUGCUCGAGAGGAUGGAGGAGGCGGCGAACGGUUUCUUCAUGCUGCCUCUGGAGGAAAAGCAGAAAUACCCAAUGGCUCCAGGAACUGUUCAGGGGUAUGGUCAGGCCUUCGUGUUCUCCGACGACCAGAAGCUCGAUUGGUGCAACAUGUUUGCUCUCGGCAUCGAACCGAAGUUCAUUCGGGAUCCAAAGUUAUGGCCUAAGAAUCCACCUGAAUUUAGCGAAAUUGUGGAGGCUUACUCUAAGGAAGUAAGGAAGCUGUGCCAGAGUCUGCUGAAAUACAUAGCCGCGAGCCUCGGGUUGAGAGGUAACGUGUUCGAAGAGAUGUUCCGGGCAGCCGUGCAAGCCAUCAGGAUGAAUUACUACCCUCCCUGUUCGAGGCCUGAUCUUGUUCUCGGUUUGAGUCCCCAUUCGGAUGGAAGUGCUCUGACCGUGCUGCAGCAAGGAAAGGGUAGCUCGGUAGGACUACAAAUACUCAAGGACAAUAAAUGGGUGCCGGUCCAUCCUAUUCCGAAUGCUUUUGUGAUCAACAUCGGCGACACGAUUGAAGUCCUAACGAACGGGAAGUACAAGAGUGUGGAACAUAGAGCUGUGACUCAUAGGGAAAAGGACCGCCUAUCGAUUGUCACGUUCUACGCCCCUAGCUAUGACGUAGAGCUCGGACCGAUGGAGGAAUUCGUGGACAGGAGCAACCCAUGCAAGUAUAGGAGAUACAAUCAUGGUGAGUACAGCAAGCACUACGUGACCAACAAGCUGCAAGGGAAAAAGACCCUCGAGUUCGCUAAGGUUCAAACCGAGAACUCAAGUUGAAAGCAGUCCCAUCUUAGUCCGCCACCUUACGGUUUCCAAUAAUUGGAGGAGGCAUAAAACUAGUACCUUGUAAAUUACCAUGUGUCUGUAUUGCUUCGGGUUAGUCACUGUAUAUGACAUAGGCAACAGCUCUAGUUGGACGGUGUUUUGUAGCGGAAGAAAAGAGAUGUAAUCAUUUGUGGACAAUAUCGUUAGUGGGAGUUAUUGCCGGUUCGUAAAGUGAUUAU